AUGGCUGACGCUUACACUCAAUACCCUUCAGUUCCAAGAACCGCUUCUAUCAACGGUUUCGCUGACAGAAUCUACGACCAAUUGCCAGCUUGUGCUCAACCAUGUAUGUUUGAAAACACCGGCUCGACCCCAUGCCCAUACUGGGACACUGGUUGUCUUUGUGUCAUGACUCAAUGGUCCGGUGUUGUUGCCCAGUGUAUCGCCGACAACUGUUCCGGUAACGAUGUUGUUGUUGCUGAGUCCUUAGCCACCUCCAUCUGUUCAAGUGCCGGUGUCUGGGAGCCAUACUGGAUGUUGCCAGCCAGUGUUUCCGACGCUUUGGCUGCUGCUGCUACUCAAGUUGAAACCACCCCAACUUCAACUGAAGAGCCAAGCGCGCCAACCACCACCGCCGAAGCUGCUACUGCUGAAGCCACCACUGAAGCACCAGUCACUUCUGAAGCAGCAGUCACUUCUGAAGCAGCAGCCACUUCUGCCCCUGCUGCUGAAACCAGUGCUCCUGCUGAAGAAGCACAACCUGAAGAAGAAGAGCAACCAACCUCAGUUGCUGCUGAAGCUGGAGAAGCUGAAGAACAACCAACUUCCAUCAGUGCCAGCGGUGAAGGUAACGCUACUACUUUUACCCCAGAAGAAGAAUCGCUUGUCCCAGUUGAAUCAUCUUCUGUUGCUGCUGCUGAGGAAUCUGAAUCCGCAGAAGCUUCAUCCAUCUCUGUUCAAUUGGCCAACGGUGCUGUUCUUCCAGGUGUUGCCGUCGGUGGUGUCAUUGCUGCCAUUGCUGCUUUGAUGUAA